GUCCCGCCGGGCCUCACUGUGCGGUUUGAGAGAACGCGCACGGUGUCGGCUCUCUCCGCGCCUAUCUCGAUGCUCUGCCUCAGGCUCCGUCCCCUAACGGACGGGAUGCAGCCGGCGUGGUGAGGAGCAGGCUGGGUCGGAGAUGCCACUUGUAGGGCUACAAUGGCUCACAGGGGAAAACGCAGCCCUCUCCUGAAACGCCUGAGAGAGCUUGUGAUUUCUGUGAUUUUGAUACUUUGCAAUCAGUCUUUUGUGACUCUAGCCACAAAUGACUCCUAUGUGAAAGGAGCACUGGUACUUGGUUCAUCCUUGCAACAGUACAGAACAACAAGGAAGCUGACUGCACUCAUAACUCCUCAGGUCUCAGAUCUUAUGAGGAGAGUGCUGGAAAAAGUCUUUGAUGAAGUCAUAUUGGUAAAUGUCUUGGAUAGUGGGGAUUCAGCACACUUGGCGUUAAUGAAAAGACCUGAGCUGGGUGUCACACUAACAAAACUUCACUGCUGGGAACUGACACAGUUUUCAAAAUGUGUUUUCAUGGAUGCAGACACAAUGGUUUUGUCAAAUAUAGAUGAGCUUUUUGAGAGAGAAGAGCUGUCUGCAGCACCAGAUCCAGGCUGGCCCGACUGUUUUAAUUCAGGAGUUUUUGUUUACCGACCUUCCAUUGAAACAUACAGUCAGCUGUUACAGUUUGCCACAGAGAAAGGCAGCUUUGAUGGUGCAGAUCAGGGGUUAUUAAACACCUUCUUCAGCAGCUGGGCAACAACAGACAUGAGCAAACAUCUACCGUUUAUAUAUAAUUUGAGCAGCACUUCUGUAUAUUCCUACCUUCCAGCAUUUAAAGCGUUUGGUGCAAAUACUAAGGUAGUGCAUUUCCUGGGAAGUACAAAGCCAUGGAACUAUACAUAUGACUCCAGAACAAAAAGCAUAAAGGGCAACAUGGACGACCCUAAAAUAGUUCACCCAGAAUUCCUCAACAUGUGGUGGGAUACCUACAUAGCCGAUGUUUUACCAUUACUAGAACAGCACGGAAUUGUUAAAGAUAUUACUACAGGAGUAAAUAUGCUAUCGGGCUUGGUCUAUACUCUGGCUUUCUCUUGUGGCUUCUGUAGAGAGGCAGAAGUUACAGAGGCAGUGUCCCACGUGUCAGUAUCACCAUUAUUAUCCACUGAAUCUUCAGAAGAACGCAAGGAACGGUGGGAACAGGGCCAAGCUGACUAUAUGGGAGUGGAUUCCUUUGACAACAUCAAGAAGAAACUAGAUACCUACCUUCAGUAGAAGAGCCUGUCUCAAACAGUGGUGAUGCAAGGACUUAUUCCAGAACUAACAGCUAGAAAGGUAUAGAUGGUGGUCAGUUACACUUGCUAGUAGCUUGAGGAAAAACUUCUUGGCUGAAGGCCUCUGCAGUGCUACAGAUGAAGACUGAGCAAAAGCUAGGAAGCAGAAUCCUUGGGCCACCUAUUACUGCCCAAUUUCCAAUUCUCCUUACUAGAUAAAACCAGGUAUUUUCAGCUUAAAAUUUCUUCUGUUUUGAUCAAUUGGCUCAACAUAUUCUUUAAACUGGGUUUGUUACUUCACCUCAUUAAGGUGAUUAGCAUUGAUUCCUUUGCUUGCUGUUUUAGAUGUAAAAUCUAAUUCAUGGGAUUGCUCAUACACUGGAGUGGUAGCCAUUCUGCUUUACCAUAGAUGUAUUAAUGACACUGGAAUGCAUACAAUUGUAACAGUAAUAGCACUGCUUUGCUCUUCCAGUCACAAUUGCACUGAAAUUUUGACCAGGUUCUUACGCACAGUGCCUGCAGCAUGGCAGAAUGCGUUUUUCAGUUCUGUAUACUAUGGGACUAGUAAACUGAGUUUUAUCUGUUCCUUGCAAUGUUGCACUUGAUACAAAAAUAAAAAGUUGUCAUGCAUUUGUCUUCCCUAAACUCUUGAGCAAUUAAAAAAAAGGAGCUCCAAAGCAGUCUAACUAAAAUAUUUAACAGGUAUAAAUACCUUAAGCUUUGCUGAUGCUACUCAAGCUCUCAUUAGCAAAUGUCCAGCUUUUAGUUUGUAAUUAUUUAGAAGUAUGUAGUCAUUUGCCAGGGAGCUGUUAAGGGCCAAUCCCCCUAUUAGCUUGCCAUAAAUAUAGGACAGGGCACUUGAGGAAGUACCUGCUGAAGCUGUUUACAUUAGUAACUUGAAGUCUGGGAAGAAGGUGUCUUUCUUUCAAGAGGCUAAAGAAACAUCAUCCCUAAUGUAAGCCCUGUACACUGAACUUAAUCCCAAACACAACAGUGAUACUACUUUGGCAAGGAAAGACUAUGUAGUUGCUUAAGUAACUGUAUCUACCCUGGUAAGGAAAUCUACUCUUUCCAUGUGUAAAGCCAGUAAAAGAAAGUGCUUUUUUUGCUACUCUCAGGCUACGUGUACUCCAAGACACAUAGAAAAGCAGUAAAAAUAAAGCAUACUGAUGACAGAGAUUAGCUGUCAUCUGUACUGAGGUUUAGAUCUAUCCUUUAGCCAAAAAUCUAAACAGAACAAAAUCAGUGUUCUUUGACAGCUGGAUCUUGUACUAAUCCAGAAACACUAAGAAAAUAUUACUUCAUUAUUUCCUAGUAAAGGAGGACUUUGGCUGGAAUCUGGUGGUGGUGUUAAACCUUUAGCCUAGAGCCAAAAUAAACAAUGGACAAGGACUCACCAUUUGCUGGUAAAGCAGAAGACAUAAUACAAGUAUAAGGGUUGGUCUGUUUUAACUUGUUUUCACUAGUAAAUUACUCUAUGAUUUAAUUGGUCACCAUUUAGGAAAAAUGCUAAAAGAUGAGGUCCAAACCAAAGUAGCUUGUAGCUACCUGAACUCCCACUUGUAACUAGCCCUUUCCUGUAUGGGUUUUUCUUUUGCUGUGUUUUUGUUGUUUGUUUGUUUGUUUUUUUCAAUGGAUAAAUUUGAAGUUGUAUGAAAGCAGGAGGGAUUGCUAGUUACAGUCUGUAAUGACAAAAAUAUACUUUAUCAAACAAAUAUUGGAGAGUUCUGUGUACUCAAAGGCUACUCUAUGGAAAAUGGUAAAAUAAUCUUUUUAAGAGAAACACUAAAUUUUCCUCCCCUUGUCUGUAUUCAUACUUGAGAAUAGGCACGUUACUUAUUUUUAAGCUAAGUGGGAGAGAACCAAGAAAGUAUGAAAGUAUGACAUUUAUCACCUGCCUGAAAAUUUGGUUUAGCAUGUAAGUUUUGUUACGUUAAUACAAUAAGAUGAGGAGAGAUGCUGAAUAAGAUGAAAACCAGUAUGUUUUGGGUUAACAAGUACAGUUAGUGAAGAAAGAUAACCUGUGAAAAUAAUUCUGUUGUAGCCUCUGUAACUCAUAGAUGCACAAAGCCUCAGGAAAGGUAUGACAUCUAUACCAAAUUCUAUGCAGCUUAUUUUCAAUAAAAUGACCUUUAUGUCAUUAUUUGCCACUAUUUCCUUCACAAUUGCUGCAGGCAGCUCUUUGCAGAAAAGCAGAGAUCCCUUUUUAUCCUUUGCAAUAGCCUCGCUUGAUACAUCAAGCACUUUUCUGCACUAAUCUGAAGGUACUCAAAACAGCACUAUACUCUAAACAUCAUUAUUCAGAAUAAUCACAGCACUGCUUAGAUUGCAACUCAAAUAUUGGAACUUCAUUUGCCAUUGUGAAGCCUACAACACCUAGAAGGUGUUCCUUAAAUGGUGACAACUCAGAGCAACUCUUAAAAGCUUAUGAAGCAUUUUUUCCAUAUACAUCUUUAUUUUAUGUAUAGGGUUAAAAAAACCCCCAAAAAGCCCCAAAGAACAAAAACCCCCAAACAAAUAAGCAAAACCAGAAUGACAGACUAUUGACUCAGUCUUUGGAGUUAUAAAUAAUUACAAAAACUCACUUCUAGAACAUAUUGUUAAAACUCCACAAAAGAGAAUGCCAAAAGCCAAAGACUACUUACAGAUCAUAAAAAGCAGAAAAAAAGUCCAAACAGCCAAAACACCAAGGUGUUUAACCACCUGCUUACUGAACAUCUCCAUCAAAUCAGACAGGAGUUUUCUGUGCUUAGCUUUUACCUCUUUUUUCUCAGAUACAUUAAUGGCUUUCUUGGGAGAGACCAUAAAGCUUAGUAGUACCUUUAGUAAAUUAUAUGUGGCUUUGGAACAUGGAAAUCAUAAUCUAAUAGACAAAAAAAAAAAAUACUAGUAAUUGUGUUCAGUUGUUUUCAUAAUCACAAUCAUUGUUUUCAUAAUCAUACUAUGCCAAAUGUCAGCAUACUUUCACAUAAGUAAUGAUGUAGCUUGAUUAGUCAUAGAAAUUACUCUCUUCCCUGUGAAAUUUUUACUUGGAAAAUGGAUAUAACAGAAAAAAAGGCCAAAUCCCCCCUUCAUAAUUGCAAAUUAUUUUUUCAGUUUAUCUCUAAAUAUCAAAAUCUGAACGAGAACAAUGCAAAGAAAGUUUAAUUUAGAUAAACUCAAUGCAAAAAACCAAAAAGCAAAAAAAAAAAACCAAUCCCAAAAAACCCCACUCAAAACCCAACUUCAAUCAGGUUUAGCUCUGUUUUCUUGUUCUUUCUCAGCUUUCCAGUGACAGUCAGAUACUGGGAUUCAUGCUGUCUUCCAUCGUUCAUGUUCUUGUAAUUCUUUCUCUAACAGACUUAAAGUAUGCCUCUCUCCAUAGCUAAGGUGCUGGCUCUCCAAAAACUGCAUUAGUUUGUUAGUUUACUUGUUUUUAAUUCCUUUCUCACUCCUUUCAUUAGCUCGCUUUCUCCAAAUAGUAGACAUCUUCCCUUUAUUUCUCAGUUCUUUUCCAUUUCCUGUGCUUGCAAUUCAUCUUGUAAUCAGUAGGCUGAUAUACUCAGACAUAAGAGGUGAAAGGCUUUACAAGCUUUACAGACUCCAUUUCUCUGCUGCCAAGUACACCUCCCAAAUGUACAGGUGUAGUUUACUAAAUUCUUCCUCCAUAAGUCAAGUGGCAUGCAGAUCAGCAUUCCAUUAAGACACAUGUAUGGAAGUGAAAAACGUCAUUUUUCCAUUACAAGAGGAAAAGCAGUACAGGAAGACUGUUAUAAAGCUGGCAGCUAUUAAAUAAUUUUUUGUUUUAAUUUAUUUUGCAAGGACUAACUUCUUCACUGACACGAGUGGAUUAGAUUCUACUUUCAAUAUAGCACAGUCUUAUUGUUCAAAAUGUCUAUUGAAAUUGCUAGCUAGAUAGCAUGCUGUCAAUACAUGCCUAUGAUUCUAGCAUUUUAUCAAAAAAAAAACUUUACUUUUACAAAAAAUAUUGGAGUUCUGUUAAGUAAAAUAUUAAAAGGAAGUGUUCUGCAAAUUUAAGUACUCUCUUUUUACUAACUCCUGGGAAGUAAUCAUCACAGGAACUCCCUCCUGCACCUGUGUAUUAUUCAGAAACAAUAAAAAUACCAUCUUUGGACAUAGCCUGCAAAAGUAUGAAGUGAAGCACUUAUGAAGUGUCACUGACCACCUUUUCUGAAACAAUUGGUCCAGAUGAUCUGUCUGUUUAUUAGGCAAUACUAAGACAGAAACAUGAAACUAAUUCAUUUAUAGAGGGCUUUGUCUGAAGAAACAUUAUUUACCUUUCAUUACCUUUUCACCUAUAAAAUGAGACUAAACGCUUGCCGGUUAGAAUGCAUGAAUACACAUUUUGGUUUUGAAGGGUUUUUUGUGUUCCUAAGUAUUGUACUAACAAGCGACCUUUAGAAGAAAUGAGCAGUGUAAAAAUUUCAUGAGUUUGUGUGCUUCUAAAUUAACAUUUAGGAGCAAAUUAGUUUUUAUAAUUUAUUUGAAACAUUUAUAUUUUGAGCACAAAGACAGCAAAACUAAAAAUUAGCACGGGACAUGUAACUUGAAGAGAAGUAUUAUCCAAAAUAUUAAAUAUUUAUGCAAAAUACACUGGAUCAAGCUAUAAAUCAAUCAGAGCCUUAAUUUUGUUAAAUAUUUUUUGUUUUAUUUCACUUGCUAAAGGCUUUUUGGUAGGAAAGGCUCCUGCUGCAAGUUCCCUCUUCUUCAGAAUUUUCAGGACAUUUUCUUCUACUGAAUCCUUCACAAUGUAUCAAAAUAUAAAAAAAAAAAAGGAGGAAAAGGAAAAAAAAACCACCCAAAAUACUGAAAUAAAGAUGCUAUUUUCCUCUAAAUAAAAGUUUACGAUGAGAAGUUUAUGUAUUCUGGAAAAAAAUGCUAGGGAGCUGAGUAUCCUAAGUGCAGUUACGUUAUUUAACUAUUACUUUGUAAACACGGAGAAAAGGGUUGUAAAGCAGUUGGAGGAAAAGGUGAGGUGUUUGAAUUUUUUGUGGUUUUUUUUCUUUUAAACAUUUAUUGUUAGGACAUCUAUCUUUUCUUUGCUUUAUUAGAAGAGGACCUGGCUUCAAUUUUUCAAGUAAUAUUUUUGUGAUGGAAUAUUAAGAAGCCAGGCUAGCUGCUCUUCCACAGCUAAACUAGCUGCUGUGACUGACAAGAGCAUUCUACAUACCUUCAAGAUAAUGAACUGUAACAGCCAGGCUAACCAACAGGUCUACUACCCCAUUUGAGUCACUCCAAAUAGCUCAACAGGGACAUUUAAUUUCUUAUAUUAAAAUCUUACAAUCCAAAGCACACUUCAACAGUCACUCCACAAUUUAGUUUUACUGGUGAGACUGUGAUGGCACAAUUAUUUUUAAAAUACCGUAAAGCUUCUUGGAAAAUAAUUAUUUAUUCAUAACCAGAACACUGUUGGGAUCAUCUUUCAAUUCACCAUAGUAAUUACAGCAUUAUUCUUCUGACCCUGCACGCAACACCUGUCAGAACACUGGUCUUCUGCAGUGGGAUUCCAAGCUAUUAGAAGCAGCAAUGAAUAAGUUAAAUAACCUCCCUUCAAAACACAGUAGUAUGCACAUGGCAUCACAAAGCAGAUAUUGUACCACCACCUCUUGAACAAAUAUUACCUGCAAAUGAAUUACUCCCUACCUAAUGUCUUAUUCUUUAAGUAUCCCGCUAUAAAGAAAGCUUUGAGAACAUCUGGUUAUAUGUUCAUAACAAGCAGGAACUUCAGGUAAAUGCUUUAAAAACAGAGUUUGUCAGGAGUCUAGGAGACAUCAAAACAAUCCUGUUAUUUUAAUUCUGAAACAAACGCUGCAUAUACUAACUGCCUCAGUACCUGAUGGCAAAAUCUAAAUCAGCUGGACACAGUCAGUUACUUAACAGUAAAUUGGACUCUUAAAAAAGCCCACAUAUACUUUCGUUAGUAUAUACAAUAAUCACCAUGUUAUGUAAACAAGAAAUUUUGCUGAACACAGAAUGAGUGUAGCUGUUACUACUUGUACUUUGGAUGUAACAUUAAAUGUAAGGAUCUGUGAAAUGCAAAGUCUGUGCUCUGCAUUUUCCCAGAAUGUUUUAUCUAUCUAGAGGUACAGCACUAGUAGUUCUUAGAGAAGAGAUACUUAAAUCUACAUGAACUGUAAUAAUGUUCUGUUUCUGAUAAGCAAGUCUUAUGCAGUGGGCUCGCCUUGUCAUGUCACCCACAUACUGCAAGUUGUCUAAGAAUUCUUCUUAAUAACUUGUUUUAGAUUCUAAGAACCUCUGAUGUCUAUGCACACUCAAAGACAUCAAGCUACAAAAUAAAAACCAAACAAAUCUUAUUUCUCCAAACUAUGGUAGUAAGCAAAACAGCAACAAAUUAUGUAUUUGUCACUGCAAGAUGAACAUUCCUGGCAAGCUAUAUAUGGCACACUGUUCUAUUAUUAAUCUCACUGUAUGAGAACAAAAUGAUGUCUGGAGGAAAGACCUAGCCCAAACAUGCAGAAUUCUGUUCCAUUCUAUUUUUGCUGUAGUUAAGAAAGACUGAGGUGUACAAAUUUCACUCUUCCCUCAUCAGUCCAGCACAGGAAAAGUGAAUUGCAGUACUUCUAUACAUUUCUGCAGUAUCCCAUAAAAGGAUAUCCCAAAGGCUACUGUAUUUUACAUUGGAAAAUACUAAAAAAACUGAGCCUUGGAGAAACAUCUGUAUAUUUGUGGUACUCUCACAUUAAAGGUUUGUAUUUCUUUCUAAAGGUGAGAAUUCUGCAUCUAUGAUUGUAUUUAAACAAACAAACAAUUUUAAAAGUGGGGGGAGGGAAAAACUAAUCUAUGGUUGGAUAAAUAUUCUUCCCUUGCACUGUGGUAUUACACCUCUCAGAGAAGGAAUGCAGACCUCCAAAUUAUAGUUCUACAAUAAAUCCACAGAAUUUGAAAAA